AUGGGCCUCCGACAAGAGGUCGCCGGACCAUUGUCCCAGCAGUUCCAGACACUAGGAACUGGUUUGCAAAUCUUCGUCAUUGUCACCGCUGUCAUUUCCCUGUCUGUCGUCCUCAAUGUCGCCUACCAGAUCCUCUUCAAGAAUUCCAAUGAACCCCCCAUGGUCUUCCACUGGUUCCCCUUCAUUGGCAGCACCGUCACCUACGGCAUGGACCCCCCAGCCUUCUUCCAAGCCAACCGUGAGAAGUAUGGCGAUAUCUUUACUUUCGUUCUUCUCGGCAAGAAGACCACAGUCGCCCUCGGCCCCCAGGGCAACGACUUCAUCCUCAACGGCAAGCUCAAGGAUGUCAAUGCCGAGGAAAUCUACACCGUCUUGACCACCCCCGUCUUCGGCCGCGACGUCGUCUACGACUGCCCCAAUUCCAAGCUCAUGGAGCAGAAGAAGUUCAUGAAGAUCGCCCUCACCACCGAAGCCUUCCGCUCUUACACCCCUAUCGUAGCCGACGAGGUCACCAACUACUUCAAGAGCAGCCCCGACUUCAAAGGCAAGUCUGGCGUCGUCAACAUCCCCACCAAGAUGGCCGAGAUCACCAUUUUCACCGCCUCCCACGCCCUCCAGGGCGCUGAGAUCCGCAACAAGUUCGACGAGUCCCUCGCUUCCCUGUACCAUGACCUCGACAUGGGUUUCACCUCCAUCAACUUCGUGCUUCACUGGGCUCCUCUCCCCUGGAACAAGAAGCGCGAUCUGGCUCACGACACAAUUGCCCAAAUCUACAUGGACACCAUCAAGGAACGCCGCGAACAGGGCCGCACCAACGGACUCGACAUCAUGUCCCACCUGAUGAACUCCACCUACAAGAACGGCAUCAAGGUCCCCGAUCACGAGAUCGCCAACAUGAUGAUUGCUCUUCUCAUGGCCGGCCAGCACUCCUCUUCGUCCACGAGCUCCUGGAUCAUGCUUCGUCUUGCCCAGAACCCUCACAUCAUGGAGGAGCUCUACGAGGAGCAAGUCCGCGUUCUCGGCGCCGACCUGCCGCCCCUGGCCUAUGAAGACCUCGCUAAGCUGCCCCUCAACCAGGCCAUCAUCAAGGAGACCCUCCGCCUCCACGCCCCUAUUCACUCCAUCAUGCGCGCUGUGAAGUCUCCCAUGCCCGUUCCCGGCACGAAGUACGUGGUUCCCACGACCCACACUCUCCUCGCCGCCCCUGGUGUCUCUGGCUCCGACCCGGCCUACUUCCCCGAGCCUGACCAGUGGAACCCUCACCGCUGGGACGCCGACUCACCCCUCGCUCCUAGACUCGGAGCUAACGACGCUGCCGAGGAGGAGAAGAUCGAUUACGGCUACGGUUUGGUUAGCAAGGGUGCUGCCUCGCCGUACCUGCCCUUUGGCGCGGGCCGUCACCGCUGCAUCGGCGAGCACUUUGCCAACCUGCAGCUCCAGACUAUCACUGCCAUGAUCGUCAGAAACUUCAAGUUCCGCAACGUCGACGGUAGCAACAACAUCAACGGCACCGACUACGCCUCUCUCUUCUCGCGUCCUCUGGAGCCCGCCAACAUUUACUGGGAGAAGCGUAACCCAUAA